AUGCUUCGCGCUGGCAUUCUAGCCAGGAUUCGAGUCCCGCCUCGCACUUUCCUUCUUGUUUGCCUUGCCGCAUUGAUAACGACGCUCUUCGUUUCACAUAUUCGUGACACAGCUCCCCGUCGUCGACCUCACCACAACCAUGGCGGGCCCAAGGCUAGCGAGCAUUCAGUGUCCGGUCGCGAUUGUCACUUAGGAAAAAAUUCUUCAUCCCUCAACCUUGCGUUCCCUACGCGUCAUUUCAGAGACAACCUUCGUAAUGAUACAUACUACAUCACGUCGUGGGCGAAAGCCGGUUUCACAAAUAUGUUUAUCAGUUAUAUGCAUCUAAUUUACCUAGGUUUUCUCUCUGACCGAGUGCCAAUCCUGCCUCCGUUUGUUCCUGAUGAUCAUAUCCCCCAGUCGGCUGGCGCACUACCAUUUACAUCGGUAUUCAAGUUUCAUCAUCUCCGCCAGCACCUCCGCAUAUCAAUACUAGAAUGGUCCCAAGUGAAAAGGCUUCCCGGACUUCGGUCUUCGAACCCCAACAGUCUCUACAGCAAUCCCAACGUGGAAUCUAUCGGAUGUUGGUCGACACUCCCCGAAGAAGACGGCCAGUUUGUAUAUCCGCGCAAUACAGAAAAGCUUUUGGGUCUGGACGUGGCCUACACCAAAGUCCCUAGAUUCACGAGAAUGGAUCCAAACGACGACCGGGAUCCCAACGUCAAAUUCCACUCGUUGUCGGUUACUAUCACGCCCAAGCACAGCUACGCUCCUUCAGAUAGCUAUCCUCUUGCGGCAGCCUCGCCGUCUGGAGUGAAUCUACCGCCGGACGAGCAUUUGUCCUGUUAUGAUUCACUUUAUUUCGCUACAAGUGGGGUCUCCGAUCUGGAGUGGAGAUAUUCCUGGGGUCCUGCCUGGCGUCGUGUUGGAACCCAUUUAAGAUUUACCGAUCACCUCGUCGACCUUACGAAGAACUAUUUGCGCCAAGCAUUUGCUGUACCUCCAGGAGGUGAACUUCCGCCGCUCAUCACAGUACAUAUCCGCCGGGGGGACUUCGCAAAUCUGUGCCACGACGAACAGCCGUGCUUGAUCGAGCCAAGCAAGUUUGCCAGUGCAGUUUCCGGGAUCCGCCAAAAGUUGUCCGACGACCAGGGACUGAACGUCACCCACGUUUUCGUCACUUCAGAUGAAGUUGACCCCCAGUUCUGGAAGACCAUCGACGGUUUUGGAUGGAAGUAUAUCAACCAUGCCAGGGAGCUAACAACAGAACGCUUUGGCCCGUGGUACCCACCUUUGAUUGAUACGGUGGCUCUGAGCAUGGGAGUGGGGUUUGUCGGAACCGAUAAAUCCACAUUUAGCACCUUGAGUGCGUGGAGGGUGAAAGAUUGGAAUAGGGGGGAAACGAGACUGGUCACUCGGGAAGACUGA